AUGCAUUUGAGUUGGGCACAGGGUUUUAUAGAAGCGACCAGCAUUGUUUACAAAAGUGAGGCAUUAGUGAAAUAUCGUCGAAAGGUAGCGCCAAUACUAGGUCCUCAUGGACCUCCGACUUAUUUCCAUAAGGCAUGCAUCGGAAAUGAAACGUUUGCUUGCAAUGACGGGCGAUGCAUACCUCGAUCUUGGCGGUGUGAUGGUGAUAUAGACUGCAAAAAUGAAGAGGACGAGAAAAAUUGUACAAGUAGCGUUGGCUUUUAUAGGACAGCUUCAGUGGCAACUAAGAAAAAGGCUGUUUCAGAUGUAAAGUGUACAGAGAAUCAGUUUACAUGUUCUGAAUUUGAUGGUCAAUUCAAACUUUGCAUUCCAAAAUCCUGGCAGUGCGACGGGCAGAAGGACUGCGCGUCUGGUGCUGAUGAGGAAAACUGUGAGAAACGGAAAUGUGAGGAUAACGAUUUCCAGUGUGCUAACGGCAUAUGCAUUUUCAAAAAUUGGAAGUGUGAUGGUGAGGACGACUGUGGAGACCGUUCCGAUGAAACUAAUUGCACAGAGUCACUGCAGCAGAUAUGCGAUUCGAAGCACAUGUUCAAAUGUCAUACUGAAGGAUGCAUAUCGAAGGACUGGGUGUGCGACGGUGAGGCGGACUGCUUCGACCAUUCCGAUGAACGUAACUGCACAGAUACACCACAUGAGUGCGCUCAUCCAGAAACAGUGAGCCUCCUUACCGUCAAGGAAUUUGCUUGCGCCUCCGGACGAUAUUGCAUAAAUCGAAUGUGGUAUUGUGAUGGCGAAGAAGACUGUCCGGAUGGAAGUGAUGAACGGAAUUGUGCCUCAGCAAGAGAAUGUGUCAAGGGCGAGCGAAAGUGUCCUAGCAGUAAUCUCUGCAUCUCUGAAAACCAGUGGUGCAAUGGUAUUGAGGAUUGCCCAGACGGUUCGGACGAAAUGCAUUGCCCGAAAAACGGAACUGUUGAAACAUGCGAUCCCAUCACAAAGUACACAUGUCCGACUAACCCUCCGGUUUGUGUCAAAUAUAGCGAUCUCUGUGUGAAACGUGGUCAUAACGACUGUGGUGAUGACAUCACUUGUGCGAAGAAUAUAACAAUUUGCACUGAAAAGAGCGACUAUUGCGAUUGUCACAACUCUUUUGUCAAGAAUGUGCAAAUUUGUCAUUGUCGUGCCGGAUUCCGUGCAGUCAAUGGAAAAUGUGAAGGUGACGUUGCCAUUUUCAUAGACAUUGAUAUUAAUGAAUGUGAACAGCCGGGAGCUUGUGAUCAGAUAUGUGUGAACACUCCUGGCAGUUAUGCUUGUCGAUGUCACCACGGCUACAAACUUAGCCGAAGUCCUAAUUCUACCGUUCCUAAUAGAUGUAGGGCGUUAGGUGGUGACCCUCUUCUCUUACUCAGCAACAGAGCCACGAUUAGACAAUUCGAUCUCGUCACAAACGUACAUGUCCCACUUAUUCAGAGCCCAGGAUCAGCAGUUGCUAUGGAUUUCCAUCUUGAGAAUGGGACUCUUGUUUGGUCGGACAUUGCUCUGCAGAAGAUUCUCAUGUGCAAAAUUGGCAAUGAUUCGGUGCAUCAUCACCUAGCUGUAAGGGACAAGUGCGCGGAAGGGGAGCAAAGCGUUCUUCUUGAUUCCAAUGUUCAUACUCCUGAUGGAUUAGCGGUUGAUUGGAUUCAUAAUCUUCUGUUCUGGACCGAUGGUGGUCUAGACCAGGUCAACGUCAUGGAUUUGGAAACAGGUCAGAAGCGCACUCUUUUCUAUGAUGGGUUGGAGGAACCUCGUGCCAUAGCAGUCGACCCUGAAAUGGGCCUUAUAUUUUGGACUGAUUGGGGAAAGGAAGCCCGUAUUGAACGCGCAGGAAUGGAUGGACAGCACAGAACGGUUAUCGUGAAGGGCGAGCGUGUUAAGUGGCCUAACGGUCUAGCUCUCGAUUACAUUGACAAGCGUGUUUACUGGGCGGAUGCAAAAGUUAAAUCUAUCUUCUCAUGCGACUAUUGGGGACGUGAUGUUAAGAUCAUUCUUCAUUCACACCAGUACCUACGCCAUCCAUUUUCCAUUGCUGUUUUCGAAGACCGUAUUUAUUACACCGAUUGGGAACACGACGGUGUCAUUACGAUCAAUAAGUUUACCGGCGGUGAAAUGCGUACUGUGAUGCAGAAGGUAUCGACCCCUAUGACAGUCAGGAUUUAUCAUAGACUGGCCCAGCCAAAGCUGCCCAACAAGUGUUACAAUUCGGGAUGCGAGCAAAUGUGUUUGCCUCGAGCAGUCUACCGCAAGACAGAACCCGCUCUUGAAACAGAAUGGCAUGACCGUCCUUACGCUUGCAUGUGUCAAGGGGACACUCCGACAGACCUUAUCGAAUGCGCUGGUAAGAGGCUUUGGCUUCCGUAUCUUUCUAAUGCCUUGUCUUCAUUGUUUGGCGUUGUAUAUUAUCGUAAGCGCAAUUCCUCUGGCGCCUUUACUGCUCUCAAUUUCGAUAAUCCGAUCUACCGUCGAACCACAGAGCCUGAUAUGGACGAUCCAUUCCGAGAUCCUUUCAGUGAGAACAAUGGUGUCCAAAUAGGGCCAGGUAACGCUCGAUUGGUAAUGGCCGACCCUGAAGAGAACGUUCAUAAUUCCUCGGUUAGAAAAUUCAUUUCCUAUGUUGCUUAG